ACGGCCCAGAUCCUUGCGCCAAGGGCCGGCCUAGAGAUUCGGCCCAUCGCCGGUGUUCUGGUGGAUCACGCGUCCUUCUCUCCAACCGCACCGACCGAUAUCUUCCUCUCCGCUAGGGCAAGGGCGGUGCCGGUGAGGCGAUCCGUCGGUGGUGUCGGAGCGGUGGAGGAGGAUGGCCGACGUGCAGGGAGACAACGAAGCAGUUCUGGAGGACGACGCUUUCCCCGACGACGGGCCCUUAGAUACGGAGGAGGGAGGUGGAGGAGAACCCAUCAGCGGAGGCGACGAGGAAGAGGAGGAGGACGUCGACGGCCUCGCCAGCUUCCUUGAGUCGGAGAUCCUCUCCGGAUCCAGCGACGAGGAUCCUAUUGACCAAUCGAAUUGGUUGCCGCGGCAGGAGCAGCGGCAGCAGAAGGAGGAAGGUGAUGCUGCGAAGAAUAAGCGGAAGCAGGGUUCAGGAUCGGACGGGGAUGGCUGCAGCGGCAGCGAGGGGGAGCAGACGAAGAGGGCGAGGAGGGAGGAGAAGAGGAGGCAGGCGAAAGGGAAAGCCGUGGCGCCUCAGAUCGACACGGGCUUGUUCAGCAACGUCCCCCCUGAGCUGUUCCUGCAGAUCUUCAAGUUCCUCUCCUCGGAGGACCUCAUCUCCUGCGCUCUAGUCUGCCGCUUCAUGAAUGCUGCCGCGUCCGACGAGACCCUCUGGCGCCGCCUGUACUGCAUGAGGUGGGGACUGGCCUCCAAUGCCAAAUUCAGGGAGUGCGCUUGGAAGAACCUCUACAUACAGAGAGAUAGAGAGGAUAUGGUUGAAUUUGUGAGGAAUACUCCUACAGAGUUCAAGGAGUACUAUAUUCAGAUGCAGGCUGCAAAAAGGAGUCAAGCUCCCCGUCCGUCAGAAGUCAACGACGACAAGGUUAUGCUUGAUAAGACAGUAGCUGACCAGGUAUCUAGUUGGAAAAACAGCCGGGGGCUUACUGAUGAAGCUGUCAAGGGGCACUCUUGUUCUGGAAAUACAUGCUCGUACACCCAGAUUGGUGAUGCUUACAUUUGUGAGAAGACUGGUCGUGUCCACGUUUGUGAUGACGCUUGUCGUGAAUUUGUCUUGGACCAAUCUAGUGGGCUGCUUCUUUGUACGAUAUCUGGCCACUGCUUUGAGAGGUGGCUGUGUCCUGAUGAUGAAUGGGAUGCUGAUGAUACCGAUCUGCAACAGGCUGGUGUAGUGGAUGAAGCAGAGCCAUUCAUGGGAUCUGGACGUUACGCACGGGCGAUUAUGUUGGGCUACAACUGCACUGAUGAGAAGGAGCUUGAGGAUGCCUUGCGUUUCUGUUGACGUGUUUCUGUCGAUAUGCCCUUCACUCUUGAUCAAGUGAAGACGAAGCCAGCGGGGAUAUGCCGGAUGUAUAGCUCUGUGCUAUGUUUUCACUGUAUUUCACCCUCGAGCAUGUACCUAAGAAUAGAAGGAUGUACCUAAGAAUAGAACUUGUUUUUGAGGUAGAUCGCUGAUAUGUUUUGAUCAGCAGAGGGAGCCGUUAUGUUGUCGUAUGAUUUCAUAAAUUAUGCCUGUAAUAAAAUAUAAUUUACAUAAUGAGUUUUUUGUUUGUAUGA